GGUUCACGGCUGCUGACGGAUCAUGUUUUGAAGUGGGCAAAAAUUGAAUGUGUUAUUUUUGUGAUGAGUGUUCGUAUUAAUUGUAAGGUAAAUUUUUGUAAUUAUUAUUAAAAACAAACUAUUAUAUUUCUUGUUCCUUAAGGCUACGUUGAAUUUGAGUUUCGCUGCGUCUAGAACCUACACAAAGAUUGCCUAGGUGGCAACUUUUGAUGUCACAAUUUUAGAUUAACUUCUUUAUUUUCGUUUCCUUUUUCCAUUUACACUGCUGUUAAUACAAGAAUGGUUGAUACAAGAUGUAGUAAGUUGAAUAAGAAAUGCAUUAAUCUUAUAUGUGAACAUAACUGGCUUAGAAUAACUAUGAAAAUUUGUGUAUUGCCAAGAUAAUCAAAGCAUCUCUUCAAUAAGUACAAAUUAUUCUAUGAACUUAACUAUACGAUACGAUAAAGUGUUAGAACAGGUAUUUUAUACUUGCAUUUUUAUUUGAAAUGUAUUUAGGAGUAAAAAUAAUAAUAAAUAGUUUUACUUAUAAUAAAUUCUAUUCUAUUCUAUUUUUGUAAAGGCUGGCUGUUCUCUCCUUAGACAAUUCCGCCAAUGUCAGGGUUGAGUACUACAGAUGAUCAGUUUUUUUUUCCAGUUUUACGCAUCUUUCACUAUUGGCCGGUUGAGUGACCUAAAAGGGUUAUAUAAAAAGGUUAUAGACAACACAAUGACAAACACAACAGUUACAGAUAAAAGCGUUAGUAAUAAAUGGGAGUUUAAAAGUUACAAUUUAAUUUUAUUGGUGUGUAUAUACUUGGCAAGGACUUGGAUGAAGGGAGAGUCCACCAUGGUUAGUAAGUGGUUUACAUUCACAGGGCGGGCGAUUUUUAGGCAGUAUAUCAUAAGAAGAGAUGGUAUUUUUUAGGCAAUUGAAAAAUAUGUGAUCGACGUUUCUUUCGUCAAGACCACAUUUGCAUAACGAUUGGUCCCUAACCCUAAUUUUCUUUAAGAAGACUGGGAGCAUAUGUGACCAAGACGUAAGCGAAUAAUGGUAGAAGUGGAGAUUUUAUCCAAGAAGCGGUAUUUAAAAAACCACGGCUUAGAGGGAAGAAACUUCUACAGAAGGCUGCAGACUUCUAUAAUGUUUCCCGUUAAACUGUGAGGAGUCGUCCCAGUGUGCUGACCAUUCGCAAUAUGAUUCAGCUUUAGCUUUACUUCUUAGAUCUUGGGCAAAGCAUUUAUCAUAGAUUGGGCAACCCAUCGUUACAGCCUCUUUUGCAAGGCUGUCUGCCUUUUCGUUACCUUUAAUGCCAGAAUGACCAGGGAUCCAUGAGAGGGCCACAUUUAUAUUUUGAGAACGGCAGUUAAACAGAAGUUCUCGGAUUUUUAGAGUUAUAUAAAAAUUUUGCCUGGCAUGUAAAGGGAAUUUUAAAAUAUCAUCUAAAACACUUCGGGAGUCUGUGAAAACUAUUGAUUUGUUAAGUUUUUCAGAAUGGACUUUAAUAUAUUUAAUAGCUUCAUAUAAAGCAAUGGCUUCUCCUGAAAAGGAGGACAGUUCUGGACGGCAUUUAAAGCUUAAGAUUAUUUGAAAGCGAGGGAUCCAAACAGCAGCACCUACAGCUUCUCCAUUAGUGAUUUUAGAGGCGUCGGUAAAAAUCGGGGUCCAGUCAGUCCAUUCUUCUGCGAUAGUUUUGUUAAAAAUUCUGUCGGCGCCAGGUUCGUUUUUGUUAAUAUUAAAAAAGGUUAAAAUGUUUGGUUCGAAUAUUAGUGUCUCAUAAUUUACAUUUAAUGUUGGGUUUCCGGGAAAUUGUGCCAUAGGGGACCAUUGACCAACUUUUCGUAACUGUUAGCUAAGCGGGCAGGGGUUUUAUGUAUCCAGUAUUUAGAAUUAGUAAUGAGAUUGGAAAGCUGACAAAGUCGAGAAAGCAGUGGGUGGUUAGAGUUUUCAGCAAUUUUAAACAGGUAUCGAUCUGACAAUAAUUGUCUACGGAUAUUAAGAGGAGGAUCCCCCGUUUCUACCUGUAGGGCAUUUGUCAGAGACGAUCUCAUUGCACCUGCGAUUAUGCGGAGACACCUAGACUGUAUUUUGUCCAAGGAAGAAAGGGAAGUCUUAUUGCAGGGUUCGAGUAAGAAGGUACAGUAAUCAAAAUAACUUCGAACUAUUGCGUUGUACAGAAGUUUUUGGCAGUAUGGAUGAGAACCCCACCAGAUACCUGAGAGGGCUCUGAGGACAUUAAUGCUUUUCUCACAUUUAUUAUUGAUAUAAUUGAGUGAGGAGACAAACGAGAAUCUAAUAUAAGGCCUAAAAAUUGAGUUUCGUCUGUGCAUAGCAAUUCUUCCUCGCCCAAGACAAUAGGGGCGUAGGGAAUUGUUCUUUUCCGAGAAAAAACCAGUACAUUACUUUUGGAUGGGGCUAAGGAUAAACCAUGUUCAGUUAAGUUGAAUAGAGCAGUCUUGAACAGAGUCUGAUGCGGAAUAUUAGAGCUAUUGCACGAUGUCACAGAAGCUCUCAACACAUUUUUCUAGGUCGGCUGUAUAGAAGUUAUAGAGGGUGGGGCUUAGUACUGAUCCUUGAGGGAGCCCUCUCCAAACCAUUUUGGGUGGAAGAAGACAACCCUGAAGGCGAACUGAGAUGGAGCGUGCAGAAAGCAUGUUAAAUAUGACAUUGAUCAUCCUCACACGAAGACUCAGCUGAUACAUUUUCUGCCUGAGUAGCGGAAGAAGUACAGAGUCAUAGGCUGAUGUGACAUCAAGAAAUACACCGACCAUAUCUUGCUUUCUAGAGAAGGCGAGGCGAGCAUCCGAAAUGAAUAUACUAAGAUUGUCCAUGGUACCCAUGCCCUUCCGGAAUCCGUACUGUGUUUUUCCUAAAAUAUUAUUAUGUUCAAGUAUCCAUUCGAGUCUAUUUUUAAUGAGUAGCUCCAUGAUUUUAGCUAGCACCGAGGAUAGGGCAAUAGGUCUAUAAGAAAACGGAUCGUUAGGAUUUUUAUUUGGUUUUAAAAUUGGGAUAAUUAUUUGGUGCUUCCAGGAGUCAGGAAUUAUGCCUGAAUCAUAAAUUUUGUUAAGGAGAACCAGAAAAAAUACUUUAGAGUUUUGACGAGGAGUCACGUAAAUGAGUGAGAACUGAAGAUAAUUCAUUAAUGGAAAAAGGGUCAUCAAUAUGAUUGUGCAAAGAUAUUGAGUGAGAUAGGGGAACGUUGUUGUUUUCAUAAAAAUCUUUAUCUGGGACAAAUGGAGGUGCCAGUCUAUCCAUGAAUUCCUCGAUCCAAGCAGAGGAAUCUUUUGAAGGUGGCGGGUUAUCCGAAAAAGACCCUCUAAAUUUUUUUAUUUUUUCCACAUUAAUGAUAGUGGUGCUUGUGGAGAUAUGCUUUCACCAAAUGAUGUCCACCCUUUACGUUUUUUACUUCUGAAAAUUUUUUUGGAACAAACUUUAACUCUUUGAAAGUUUAGGUAGUUGUCAAGGCUUAAAUCAUUAAGAUAUGUCUGCUCUGCUUCGUUGCGUUGUCUAAUAGCCUGAGUACAAUCAGAGUCCCACCAAGGUGGAGAGGAUCUAUUCCGGCCAGGUGUUUUUUUUUUCAGAGGGAUUGAUAAUUCUGCAGCGGAGAGCAAGGAAGAAACAAAUUCAUUGUAAAGGUGAUCAAAAUUUUAACUAUCUAGCGGAGGCAAUCUUUUUAAUUUUGAGUCCAGUAUAUUGCGGAAUCAGGGCCAAUCUGCUUUUUCAAGUAUAAAUUUACGUAGAAGAGGGUAGGGAUCAGAAGAUAUUUGGACCUGAUGAGUGAAUGAAAUGAGGAUUGGAAGGUGAUCACUUCCAUGAGAGCACGCUAAGACGCGCCAGAUAGCACUUGUUGAGAGGGAUGGGGAUACAAGGGAAACGUCGACGGCGCUAGUUGGAGAGGAGAGGUGCGGCGAGUAGGGGAGCCAUCAUUUAGAAGGCAAAGAUUGACGUUAUCCAUUAAGGCUAAGAAUUGGGAAGACAGUGAGUCGCAUAAAGAGGAUCCCCAUAAGGUAUGAUGGAUGUUAAAUUCUCCUAGAAGUAUAGAAGGGCCCGGGAAAGAGGAGAGGAUAUUCUCUAAGGAGUCUAGAAUACUAGUAGAGGGCUGAGAGAUAUACACAGAAAAGAUAUUAAUGCCAAUGAUGCUUACACCUGUAAUAUAGACGCCGGAGUGUUGAGGUAUGGGGAUAGAGACAUAGGUGAGAGAGCGGUUUACAAGAAGUGCGCAGCCCUGAUAGCCAUUAGGACCAUCAUCUCGCAAGCAUGCCAAUGAAAACCUACAACUUUUUUUUGUUUCUUCAAUAGCAAAAACAUGUAUAUUGUAAAGAUUAUCUAGAUUAGUUUAUUCAAAUUUUUUAUUCUGUAUACUUCUACUGUUCCACUGGAAAAUAUUUAGGUCCAUUAUUAAGGGUUGUAUAUAGAAAUCGGUACAGUAUUUCUGUGCCAUUGUACGGUAGGAUAUCGUUAAAACGGGUUAAACAGUUUAGAAGGAGUUUCAUUAAUAGAUCGGCAAAGUUGUCGUUGGCAGACUCUUCAUAGUCUGCUUCUGCAGAUGCAUUGAGAGCACAGCCAUUAUGUUGGCUGGAUUUAGGUGUGCUAGUGAUAUUUCUAUGGGCUUCAGUAUCAUAGCCAUUACCCAUAGUUGGUUUCGGAGAGCGUGGAAUGUGUAGAGUUUUUUUGUAUGAUGAUACAGAUGGGCGGUUAGGGGACUUUAUAGUUUUUGAGAGGCGUGGCUCAAAAUGCUUCUGGGAAGGGGACAUUGGGGAGGAGGUCAUAGAGUGAGGUGAGGCUGAUCUUAAUGUAUCAGCAAAGGUGCGACGAAUAGGGCGGAAUCGGAGGGAUGCUUCGGAAUAUGGGAUAUUUUCUUCUGCCAUGACUAACUUAAUUGAUUUUUGCCUACUGUGCUCUGGGCAGCUAAAGCUUGUGGCCAUAUGGGGGCCCGAACAGAAUAUACAUGAAACUUUAUCUUCUGGGACUGAGCAAGAGUCACCAGGGUGAUUUUGGGUACAUUUAUAGCAUCUUGGCCUUGAUCUGCAUUGGGCCUUAAGGUGGCCAAAACGACAGCAGGAGUUACACUGUAUUGUCGGUAAUUGGUAAAUUUCCACAGGCAGGGAAGCAUUAAAACAGUAAACUUUCUCAGGAAGCUUCUGUCCUAUAAAUGAGAUUACUACUGUCUGAGUAGGGAUCCAUAAAGUUUCACCGUUUUGGACAGAUUUUCUGUUCAGCCUCCUUGCUUUAUAAACACGGGAAUUAGUCUGGGGACAUUCAAUAUUACAAACUAAUUUUUCCAUGGACCAGUCAAUGGGGAUGUUCCGUAAUAUGCCCUGAGAGUCACAUGAAAGGAGGGGAUUAAUGCACACAACUUUUGGUCAUUCAGGAUAGGGUUUGUGAUGAAAUUGUUUGCAGAGUCAGCAUCCAUGAAUUCUACCAAAAUUCGAUUGCGUCCUGAUGACUUUAUACCUUCCUUUACAAUGCCAGAGACUCUGUUUUUAUGUAGAAAUUGAGCAAACUUAAGCAGUCUCAUAGUAAGACCAGUUGCUGGAUCGGGUUCAGUUUUAGAUACAUGAACAAUGAAAGGGGCCAUAUCUGUUUGAGAGUAUAUGAGUUUAGAACCUUCCGCAAACUCCGGGAUGAUAUAAGAAUGCUGUUUGGAAGCACUUGAAAUGACCGAUUUUAUUUUGGCCGGGAUAUCAGUCGUCUCAGGACAUGUUCUCUUACGAGAAAUAUGGUCUAUCAUUUGGCCAGCGCGACCGCCGCCCCCGUCAGGGGGCACAUUAUCUACGUCCAUCUACGCUACAAAACACGCCACAAAACACUUACCAGUAUUAGUAAAACACACGCCACGUACAAAAACACACAAAAUAUUAGUCAAUCAACCGUAAUUCGUUUACUUUUAUAAGAAAAAAUAACCCCGCACGUGUAGUAAACAAGUACCCAACAAGCAGAAUCCUAUUUAAAAUCCUAUAAUAAAGUCAAUAGGUUAGUUUACUAGCUUACUAUGACAAAUGUUGACUAUAAUGGGUACCUGCGAUUUGGCUUUGAUAAAUAAAAUAUUAAGUACCCUAUGUAGUCGUUUUUUUAUAAAUUAGAGGGUAGAUACUCCUAUUACACAUUACUUUGCUAUCAUCUAGUUUCUGCCUGAGCAGAUAAAAUCUGAAAGCCAAUGGCUUUUAGGAUCUUCAGAACUGGUUUAAUUAAUCAUAAAUUAGUUUUCUAUGGAUUUUUAUUGUGAAUACCUAGUUAAUAAUAUUAUAUUUCUUUUUUUGUGUUAAUACUUUUUACUUUAUUUUAGUUUUAUGUAAUAAAAAUUUGGAAUGAAUAAAUGAAUGAAAUUAUACUUUAUUAAAAUUGACUUAUUGAAAGCUCUUUUGAAUUGUCCUAUAUUUUUUCCUACCACUCAUUCAGGACAUCUUUUAACUGAUAAGAAGAAUGGGCGCAAGAAACUCGUCAGCAAUUAACAGAAGUAACAACAGUUACAAAAAAAAAUCAUGUCAUAUCAAUCAUAUUUUCUUAAUUGUAGUGGUUGGAUUUAAAUUAUAUACUGCAGCAACCACAUAACAGUCAGUUGCAAUGUUGCAAAAUUAUUAUACACAUUUUCACUUAGAAUGCCAAUCCAGGCGCCUCAGUGGACGGAUUAUCUCAACUGUCCGGUGUGUUGCCGCGAGUUCGGCGCACCACCGCGGAGCCCUAUCAGCCUCGGCUGCGGCCACACACUCUGUAGACACUGCCUCAAACACCUGCAUCGGAAACAAUGCCCCUUCGACCAGACUGUGAUCCAAAUGGAGCCCGAGGAUCUUGUGGUGAACACGGCUCUGCUCCAGCUGGCCGGGUACACGCCGCCCGUUCAACCGUACCACCCGCCCUGCAUUCAAGCGCUGACGGACUACGACAGGCAGUCAUAUGACGUUAUAGUGCGAUGCAUGGAAAACCUAGCCGUCUUCCUCAAGUACAGUGGCACUGCGAACAACAGCGCGGUGGGCAGUCGACUGUCCCGGCCGAUGCAGCGCAAGUUGGUGACCCUGCUUCAGUGCGCCAUGACCGAUGAGGAGGGCAGAGGAAGAGCGGCGAGGGCGGCUCGCUCGCUCGGAGAGAGGACCGUCACUGAGCUUAUAUUGCAGCACCAGAAUCCUCAGCAGUUGAGCGCAAACUUGUGGGCGGCGGUGAGAGCGCGCGGUUGUCAGUUCCUUGGACCGGCGAUGCAGGAGGAGGUCCUGAAACUCGUUCUUCUUGCGUUGGAGGACGGGUCUGCCUUGUCGAGAAAGGUGUUAGUGAUGUUUGUAGUCCAAAGAUUAGAGCCACACUUCCCACAAGCAUCUAAGACUAGUAUAGGCCACGUCGUACAGCUCCUGUACAGAGCUUCCUGUUUUAAGGUAUCGAAACGCGAGAGCGACUCCUCGUUGAUGCAACUCAAGGACGAGUUCCGCACAUACGAGUCACUGAGGCGGGAACACGACGCCCAGAUAGUUCAAAUAGCCACCGAAGCGGGCCUGAGGAUCGCCCCGGACCAGUGGAGCGCCCUGUUGUACGGCGAUACGGCGCACAAGAGCCACAUGCAGAGCAUCAUAGAUAAACUGCAGACGCCUCAGUCGUUCGCCCAAUCGGUGCAAGAAUUGUUCAUAGUGCUGCAGAGGACCGGCGACCCGGCGCAGUUGGUCAUUAUGAGCAGGCAUCUGGAUCGUCUAGCGGGCAUCGACGCUAGUCCAGACGCAAAGAGUCCCACGUGGCAGCAGUUGGCGGAGAUCAUGUCGUCACUUAAAGAGGCCGUCUCCGGGCUGGUGCACUACCUGCAGCAGCAGGCCACGGGUCGCGACUCCAACCACAACCAGAAGCUGGCGGUACCCGACCGGUCCGUCGACGCGUCCACCAGUCAGCCCAGUCCUCAAACGGCUGCGUCUACACCAACCCACAACAAGUACAAGGUGUCUAUGUGCCGGGACGCGGCCGCGCGGUCAUUCUGUCCCAGGGGAAAUUCCUGCACCUUCGCCCACUCAGAGGAGGAAAUGGAAAGAUACAGAUCAAUGCCGAACACAUCGCUCGCCACAACGAACGGCAAUUACACUUACAUCACCGCGAUGCCGGCGCCGAUGCCGCUGCCGACGCAAAUGCCGCAAGUGGUGCCGCACUCGAUGCCGCAAGUCGUGCCGCAACCGAUGCCAAUGCCGCCCGCCGUAUACCCGCGCUACCAGCACCCCCACCUCGACAACUACGCAUCGCCUACAGUUGCAACUAUACCGCCGGCUCAGGCCCUGCCACAAGAAAUGUUAUCGAACUCCGAGUACUCACAGGAGAACCAGCACGCUGUCGACAGCAUUUCCCCUACAAACUACGCCACCGCAAUAAUCCACAGUCAGCCUGUGAGCAUAAACCAAAACGGCCUCGUGAUAUCAGUGCCCGAGCGUUACUACAGGCGUUACAGUAACAUCGUUCCCAUAGCGGACGACCCGAACGUCGGCUUUCGAUCCGAAUACCCCGUGUACCAACCCAACGCUGGCAUGCCCUUCCAAGGCGAAAUGUCUUACCACGGAGAAGUACCUAUUACGUACCAAGGGGAGGUCCCAAUGCCGUACCAGCCGGAAGUGCCGAUACAAUACCAGAGUGAAGUACAAAUGCAAUAUCAAGGGGAAGUACCGAUGCCCAACAUUUAUGUGCCAGUUCAUGAGCCGCAAAGAAACAUGAGCCCCUACUCGUUUGACGAUCUAACGUCGGAGUUGGUGCAAGAUUACCGCGUGAAGCCGCCUGCUUAUACGUCGGUGCCGCGCGAGCGACACCCGGACGCCGCCGGCUGGGUGCCAAGCGACGUGUUUAACUUUGAUGGAAUGCGGAACGCUAUUAUAACACACUGUUCUGGCACGCAAGAAGAAAUGUUCAACGUAGGGGGGGAUAGGCGAGCAGUAGGCGCGGACCGAAUGCCAAUCGUAGGACAAACGCCAGUAACAGACAUCGUCAACAGGGCGGACGAUCAAGAGUUAGAAGAAGAGUUGCAAGCGCUGGAGCGUCGCAUCGACACCGAGUUCAAGAGUGCAGACUAACGUCGGGCCAUAAACACCCCGCGACGCAGGCUUCGCCCUUAUUACCGAGCGGUCAGGCCGAGUAUCGCAUAGCAAAUCCUACCAAAUAGUGAGACAACACACCUCUACAGUUCUACCGAAAGACUUAUAUAUACCUUGUCCAAAAUCUUAUUCCGUGGUUUCUAAAUUUUAUGUUUGUUGUACAUUUUUAGUAUUGACGGUUAGGUUGUCGAGUACUCAUCUUGGGUACUAAUCUCUUACUUACUUUUCUUACAGAACUAAGUUAUUUAUUCUUAGCCAACAUGAGUAUUUUGUUCCUGUGUCUCGCAAUUAUUUUAUGUUGUAGGAAAAGUAUGUUGUUCCUUUAAAAAUCGACACAUUUCAGUAAUCCAGCAAGUACUUUAUUCGUUUUCAAUAUAAUAAGUGUUUCGGUUGGUUGGUUUCCUCAAAUCAAAGUUUUUAUUUCACCUUGUUAAAACUUAAUCUUGUUUGUUCAUAAGUUAUUCAGACGUUAUAGGCUGUGUUUAGUUGGCUAAACGAUUAAUGUUUAGCAUGAAAACGACGUUGGAUAUUAAAGUCCGGGAAUUUCUCUAUUGUUAUCUUGAUUAUGCUAUUCAAAUCGGUUAUAACUUCAGGAUAUGACUAUAAGAACUAAAUUUUAAUGGCAGACUUCGUAGGUACUAAAACAAAUCUUUAUCGCCUUCCCAAGUCAUUGUUCUCCGAUGUACGUCGUAUAGCAUAGGGAUUUUCAAGGCAUGAGUGAAAAGACAUUGUUUGAGUAUGCUGCUCCUGCUUAGACCACGUAAUUGCUUCAUGCCUGAUGUGAAUGCAAUAGUGAUCAAACACUUUGAAAUCUGUAAUAUAAAAAGUAUGUUUAUCCCAGAAAAUUGUGAAGCUUAUUUUUAUAUUUUAUUUAAUCUUUAUUGCCUUGACAAUGCAAAUGGCGAACCUGAUACCCCUUAUUAAUAAACGAAGACUACGCAUGGAUUAGUUACUCCAUAUUGUGUCUCUGUCUAUUGAAUGACAAAUGGCAUUUAAGUGACAUAAACAAAAUACGGCGUAAUUAGUCUAAGCUUAUUUCUUGUUUAUUAAUAUCGGGGCCACAGACAUAUAACUAGUAGCAGACGCACAUUCAGUUUUAAACAGCGUGGCAAAUACACACACAUUGAAACUCACCAAAGCAUGGGCCGCAUUUAGAAUAAUGGAUUUCAUUAUUGUUUCAUGAAAUACCUAUCCGAAUAGAUAGGUCCUAAUGUGAUGUCCAUGCUAAUAAUAUUAUAAAUGUAAAAAUCUGCCUGUUUAAUAUCUUUAUGGCGAAUUUAGCCAGGCGAAAUAGCUGAACCGAUAAUGAUGAAAUUGAGCACGGAGAUAGAAUUAACCCAGGGAAAGGACAUAGGUACAAUUAGGAAAAUUGAAAUAAAAAUUUAAGGCAUAGUUUUUAUCUAUUUAUUUUGAAAUAAUACAAUUGUUUUUAGAAAAUUUCUCUGAGAGUAAGAGUAAAUUAAGUAUUUGGUUGCCAAUCUUGAAAUUUCAUAUAUUUUAACCAUGCAUUCCAAGUACUUUCAUCAUUUGGAAACCUAGAACAAAAUUGUUUAUGUGGUUAUUUGGGUAAUAUACCUACCGAUGCCAAUGUUCCAAGAAAUAUGUUUAGCUAGUCUGUAAUAGGUACCUAUCUAUUUACGUUCUUGAUUGCAUUCACAUUCAAAAUACAAUGCAAUGCAAACAAAAUUAAUGCCGAGAAACUUUGAUACCGAGUCCGUCCUCUGUUAUGGCAACAGUACUUCAGUUGUCAGAAUUGGAAUUUCCUAUCAUGAUUUAUCCUAAUUACUUCUAUUUCUUUACUUUAGGAUAUUAGUUUUCACCGGUAGUACCUUAGAUAAAUAAUCCUACGUAAAAAAUGUUACAUGUUACGAUAAUAUUUAAAUAAGCUUCGAAAUGACUCAAAGACAUUUCAGUACACAACAAAGACACAUAAAAACUUACUGAUGAAACGUUACACCAGGAUUAACGUGCUAUCUAUAUAUAUGUGAAAAGUGCUAUCUACAAAUUCUAUUGUAGAUAGCACUUUCACAUCGAUACGCACUGUACUUGACCGUAGUAAUUGAAUAAUCUCGUUUUGUAAUAUAGUUUCAUCAAAGCAAUAUUCUUAAUAAACACCGAAAAGUCGCAUGUCCGAUAAGUUAUGAAUAAAAUGGCAGCGAGGAAUAAAAAUGACACGCGUUGACAUUUGUUGAUGUGUGAGUCAGUAUUGCAAUAGAUGGAAGAAUGAGAUGCCACUAUCGAGUUGUAGCUGAGUACAAAAGGGAUAAAAGAUCAUGUUUUGAUUCAUAAAUAUAACUAGGUUUUAUGUUCCGUCUGCUAUAGUAUUAUAUGUCUGUGGUAUGAGCAUACUCUUUAGUUAUUUUAACUCGUCGCAUAAAUUUGCUUGCCGUGCCUGUAUACGCAGAAACUUACGUAUGUAAAUUAUACCCAUGUUAUAUUUAUUGUUGAGAUUCAUAAUAUUUAUUAAUUUAUUUAACUUUCAAAAAAGUUACACUUCGCGUAAUAUCGAGCACGACAUUACUGGACCUCAUUUCUUUACAAAAUAAGCUUUUACAUGCUUAUAUUUUAAUAAAUAUUGUAGUUUUAAGCUAAGCAGAUAUGCAUUCUAAUGUCUGUAAUAUAGUCAAAAUUAGUUAACGGCAAAGACCAUUUAUAGAAAAAUCGUUGAUUUGACUCCUUUUUCCACGCGCGAUUAUAAUUAUAUAUUUUUUAUGCGAGUUCCUGAUUUAUUUAUUUUUUCAUAUUUAUUUUGUUGCACCUAACUUACCUUGCCAUUGGGUGUAUGUUAUGUGUGAGUUAUCUUUUUUGUUUUAACAAUACGAAAAUUUUCCGUUAUGAAAUCUCCGUUAUAACAUAUUGCAUUAUUGUCAUAAGUAAAAUUUAGUUCAUAAUACAACAUUUGGUAGAAAAAUAAUGAAAAUGUAUUUUAAUUUACAUUGAUUUACGUGUGACGUACAUAAAGUGGUAGAUUAACUCUAAUACAUUACUAAUAAUGAUUAUAUUCACAGCACCCAUUUGGUACAAAAUUGAACUUGAUCAGGUUAUUAAUCUCCAUUGAUGAGGCCCAGGACUUCUCUAUGAGUAGAAAAGAGAGAAUGAGACAAAAAAUGCCUGGUUUAAACUAAUCUCCGAUUUUAUUAGAAUCUAAUCAUUUAUUGCAAUUGGACAGUAAACAUGUUGUAAAUGCAUUCGUCAACAUGGAUACUAAAUAAAACUAAUAUUACUCAGAAUAUUUUGUAACUAUAAAUCUAUCUAGUUGAACGUUAGGUUUAAAUUUGACUGAAUGCGGUGUUUCCUCUUAUGUUUCGUUAGGUUUAUCGCAUAUAUAGAUUAAUAUGCGCAUAUUAUUUAUUAUAUUUAAUUAGUGAUAUUUCAAAAUCAAACAAGUACCGUCUGUGACAUCACCCUAUUUAGUUAGUUUGCAAAAUAAGUUAAUCUAUCCGUUCAUAUAGUCAGAAUGGAUAUUUUAUCGGAUUAAUAGUACGGAUUAAGAACGCUAAUACUCAUGUUAAUAAAUGAAAUGGUAUUGUUUUGUUUAUUACCAAGAUAGGAAUAGCAUUUUAUACUAGGGAUUUUGAACAUUUACCUAAAUCACAAAAUUUCAGUAGCACUCGGCCUAAAGUCCUAAAUAGAAAAGUUCAUUUUAUAAACUUAUUAUUCUCUUUGUCUAAGGCCCAUUUAUGGUAGAUUUUGUACCGCAUCUUACUUAUCUAUAUCAAGUGUAGGAACUGAGAAGGCUCAUUGAGCCAUUGAUUGCUAACAAUAAGUAAAUCACAAAUCACCUAUUUACAAAACGUAACCUAAAAUUAAACCAGGGGCCCAUUCGCCUAACGGAAAUGCUUUGG